AUGGCGGACUGCGCUCCACUAUUAGAUGAGGAACUCUCGUCCUUUGUCUUCAAUUACCUGACAGAAAACUCCGGCAGCCAGUAUGGGGAGGAGGAGGUGUGUUCGGACCGUUUGGACGCUGACUUCCCGGACAUUGACCUCUCCCAGCUGGACACCAGCGACUUCGACAGUGUCAACUGUCUCAGUGAGCUGCAGUGGUGCAACGAUCAGCCUGCGGACGCGUCACCGGCCUCCAUCCACUAUAGUACAUCAGAUGAGCUCUUCGAGAUAGGAGAGGAGAAUGCGGCGCUGCUCGCCGCCCUGACCGACAGUUUGGAUGGCAUGGUGGAUGCUGAGGUGAGUGGGCUCUCCGUCUUCCCCGCCCUGGAAGAGGAGCCUGACCAGGAAGAGGAGGAAGAGGAUGGUCUUCCUCUCACGGCUGAGGACUUCAGCCAGUCCCUGGGGGCCGAGACAGAAGACCCAUCACUACUGAAGAAGCUGCUCCUGACUCCUCCCAACGUGCCCGCGGGCAUCGACGCACACAAAGAUGGAGUCCAUGGCCAUCGCUAUAGCAACAGAAGCCUGCAACUACGGCCGGUCAGACCUCUGGUCAAGAGUGACCUUCCUCAGGAGCGGAAGCCCCGGGCAGUGCGUCCAGCAGGGCGCCUCUGCACCGAGCUCCAUCGUCACCUCACCACCGCCCAGGACGCAGAGGACUUCCCGACCCCCGACACAGAGGAGGACGAAGAGGAAGAAGAGGACGAGGACAGUGAGUCGGAGGAGGAUGAAGAGGAGGAAGGGGAAGAGGAGGAGGAGGAGUCUUCCAGCAGUGAGGUGGAGGGCGCAGCAGUUGCGGCUGCUGUCCCCGCUGAGCCAGCUAAGCCUCAGUUCAGCUCAGAGAAAGAACUGCACUCGGUGGUGGAGCUGAUCACGUACAUGCACACCUACUGCCUGCCCACGCGUAAGCAGCAGGGCUGGGAGCGCAAGGACCGUGACCUCCCGAGGUCUCGGGCCCGACCUGAGGCCUCCCGCCCGGCCACCACAAACUCUCACAGCAGAGUCGUCUUGGUGGCCACCCCUGGGACUAGUGGGGGCUUGACUGGGACAGGCAGUGGCACCCCGAGAAGGCUCCCCUUUGCAAGGCAGAGGGAGAUGAAGGCCAACUCCCUUCUCCGUGAGCUCCUGCAGCAGAGCAGCUCUUUUGAUGUGAGCAAGCCUUACAGACUGCACAGUCCGCCCUACUCCCACUCACACAGCCCCAACAGAGGAUUAUCUGCCCCUUCCGCCCUGGCUAAAUCAGCCCCAGCCCCAUCCCCCAGCUCCACCAACCCUAAACCUGAGCUUUGUAAAGACUCUUCCUCCCCUGAAAGGAGAAACUCCUCCUCUGAGGCGUCUCAGAGACCAGAGGAGACUGCAGAAGACAGUGGCUCCUUCUCAGUCCGGCGUUCCCGACGUCUGGCCUCUUUCCCCAGCCGCUUUGCCAAGAGGCUGCGGCCUGGACGGGCGAGGGAAGGUGAGGGGAAGGAAAAACAGGAGAAGGAGGAGGGACGAGCAGGGGUCAAACUCCUGCCAACCCAAGCAGGAGGGGGAACCACGACAGAGGCGCAGCCGGAGCCGAUAACGUCCAGUGACAGCAGCAUCGCUACCACAGAGCCGACCAAACCCUGUUGCCACAACGAGAAGCGAGCCUGCCUCUGCCUGCCUCUGCACCCCAAGUCCGCAGGAGAGUCGCAGUACAGCACCAAGCCUUUUGAACAGACACUCAGUGUGGAUCUGUGUGGAACAGCAGGUCUCACCCCUCCCACCACCCCGCCUCACAAACCAGUAGAGGAUGAGCUCUUCAAGCCGGCAGAGGGAGGAAAGAGUGGUGGAGGAGCUGGUGGUGGCAGCAGUGACGACGGUGGAGGAGGUGGCAGUGAGUCUGUUCACCCGGCUUCAAACACCAACACCAACAUUGCCACGAAGGGCUCAUCUUGGCUGAGCCGUGCCCACCACCAGAGGAAGCUUCCAGAGCAGACGGAGUUGUAUGCCCAGCUGCGGCGCAUGGGCCAGGCUGGUGACAGUGACACCCAUCGCAACUUUGGCGACCAUGACUACUGCGCACUGAGCCUUGGAGAGUCCCGCAAACGUAGUGCUGCCAUGCUCGGUGCCAUGUUGCAGGCACAAGGAGGGAGCGAUGGAGUUGGCACCCUAGUACCCAAAGCAGCUGACGACCAGGUAUCGGAGGAGAAGGAGAAGGGGGAGAGGCUGGUGACAUCAGAAGUCGCAGAAGCGAAGGAACAGCAGACGACCGGGGUGAUAUCAUCGCCGCUGUCGUCAGACAGCCAGUCGGCAGCAGCCACACCACCAACCUCAGAGGAAGAGGCGGACCGCUCACUGGCGUCUCGCUCGCCCUCGCCCAUCCUCCACCAGUGUCCCGACUCCCCCGCCAGCAAGACAGACUCCAGUGAGAACUCGGAGAUCUGUCCCGAUGACAAGCAGAGGAACAAAGCCAAGUCUGAUGAGGACAACUGCCAGGUGUUUUACAUCCACAACCUGCCAAGUAGCGUGACCCAGAACAUGCUGAGGAAACGCUUCCAGGUUUUCGGAAAAGCAGAGGACUGCAAAGUCAUCAUCUGCAACGAGGAGCGCUGUGGGGUGAUCAAGAUCCGCCAGUCAGGGGUUCAGAGGCACUGGAGAGAACGGGAGACAGUUUGCCAGAAUGGACCUGCAGGCCAAAGGAGGCUGACAAGAAAACGCUACAUAGACCUUGAUGAGGCGGGUCCGGGCCCUGUCAAGAGCAAGUAUGAUGCACUGGACUUUGACACUCUGCUGAAGGAGGCCCAGAAGUCCCUGCACCGCUGAUGGCACAGCGCCCUUGACUGGCCAGCCUUAGUAAACCGCAGCAACACCCCUCCGACUAUACGGCUCUGCCCUCAGACAGGCCUCUCAGUACCUCCAUGCAAGGCAACCUCGCAAAAUGUUUACAUUUUUACCAUUGGAAUAAAGUAACGAUAAGGACCUUGUUGUUUUUUAAGUUUCUUUCACCGGAGGAUACUGCUUAAAAACGAGGAAGCCACUGGGAGUCCGGAUGAGCUAAGAGACAAUGGAGGAACUAGGACUUCUAACACCAAUGGUACAACAGCUACAAACUAAUAAUGAUACAGUUCUCUGCUGAACAACAAUAACAAGCUGCUUCCUGUCUGUGUUGGUGACAUCUUCGCCCCGCCUUGGAAGCACGGGUGUGAGAGACCUCUGUAGCAAAUCCUUGCUAUCCCUGCGUUGCGUUGGUCGUCGUGAUGUGUGUUUCUGCGUGUGCGUGUUCUUUGUUCUGUUUGUUUUGUAAAAAAAAAAGUUGAAAAAAAAACCUCCCUAUUUUCAGCCAGGGGUGGUGAACCUGCAAGCUGUGUUCGCCAUGAAGUUGUGUGGUUGUGUAACCAGAGAAAAAAAACAAACAAAAAAAAAAAACCCUGCUUUGUUUUAGCGAAAAAUUGUGGAUGUUAUAAAUUUUAAAAUCUAUUGUGUGUGUGUUAUGGACAAAGACUAUAACUAAAAAACAUUUAACGUAAUCAUUUGAUGACUGAUAAAGUUUACAAAUCUAAAAUGAAGAAGAAAAAAAUCAUGUUUUUUUCUUUUUUGUAAUUGUAGUGCUUCCUUGAUUUGAUCUAUGCACUGUAAGGAGGUAAAUGUCUCCGCUGUCCUCCACUUUCCCUCUUUGACUCUAAUCUCUAACUCUGCCGUGCUGACUAUUUCGGCUUCUGCUACUGGCUGCUGUAGGCUUUGUUUGAUAGGCGCUUUGCUCAUUAAGACCUCAACCUUUUUUUUUACCAAUUUCAAACCAAUUCAAACAAAAACAAUCACAAGAAAAGCACUUACCUUGAAUGUUGCAGGUGUUGUGAAUUGGACAAAAUAAGCUAAAAUAAGAUACAUGUUGAGUUCAACUUUAUUUGGAUAGUCUGCUGUUGGCCAAUGUCCGAUAACAAGACUAUAAUGGUUCGCAAAGAGUUUUUUUAGAUUUGAUUUCAAAAAGCAGCUUAAAAAUAUUUACUGCUUGGUACCAAAACUGAUGACUGAACACCAAGGCUCCACUAUCCAAUAAAGUAUCACUGAACAUUGCUUAUUAGUAAAACUAUCAGCGUAGAUCUUUGAUACUCACAUGGAUUUGGUCCUCGAUUGCUUCUGAUACAUGAAAACGUGGCCCGCACCAAAUUUCUUCAGUUAUCCAGACUUUCAAUCAUCUGUGAAUGUUCAGAAAAUUAAGAGUCAGUUUUUACCAAACAGUUAUUACCAAACACUUUGUGCUUCAUUGGCUGAUACCAGCUAAAUUUCUUCCACAUCUGGAUGGGUCUUGAUGCAUCUUUGAUAGGGUCCCACUGAACAUAUGUCCAGUAAAAGCUGCAGCCUAAUGACACCCCCCGAAUGCCACAGCCAAUGCAACAGUUACUGUUUACAUUUGGACUGCAGCAAGCAGGACUAAAAUGGGGAAAUACACAUGGUAGCCAUUGGCGCUUUUAUACCACACUCGGUGUGAAAUCAUCACAUCCACACUUAGUCCAGGCCAUCCCAGUCCAAUCUUCUCUCACAUAAAGUUCAUCAGUCAAUACAGGACAAAGAACUGUAAACGGAAUUGAACUAUUUGGAUUGUCCAGGAUUUCUUUUUCCUCUGUGACACUGAGGUUGGGUUUCAAAAUUAUGAGCCAAUUUGCUUCCCAUAAUCCACCAGUGGAACAUUGCCAUAGCCAGACGUAGAUGAAUCUGUUGGUUCAAAUGGAAUGUAUUUAAGAAUCUGAAUGUAAUCAUCGUGUUUUCCCCAUUUCUGCUUGCCCAAAGAUUGUGGAGCUUUUUGGUGCUUAAAAGGUAGACUUGCUUAGUCGUCCAGCUGACUGCAUGCGACCGAUUCUGGCUUGAAGCGCAGUCCGGGUAGCGCCUAAUUUACAUUCCUCACACAGCCAGUAGCAGCCACCGUCAAAAGGGAGAGAGCCUCCAAGCCUGCCAAUACGGUGGCACCAAACAGCCACCUACAACAGCCAGGGAACGAGUGAGGGAUGGGCUUGAAAGUAAUGAAAAGAGCAAUUGGCCGAGAAUCCGAUUUCUCGUCCAGGAGGUACUGUAUCAGCUGAGCAUCUCUACCUCACAUCCAUCCAUCCUUGCUCCCCGUCUUUUUAUUUCCUCAGUCUACUGGAUGCUCUUCCCCUCCUCUUUUAUAAGUCUCUCACUCUUUGUUUUGUUGUUUUUUUGUCUAAAGUGUUCUCUGUGUGAGGUUUUCCCCAACUGAUGGGCAGUUAUGUGUAGUGGGGGGUUGAGUUAGAUUUUUUAUACUAUGACUCCUUCUACAUCUAAGUCCUCUGUAAAAGGAAUAAUCUCUAUCUUUCUCUAACACUAUCCUUCGCUUGCCUCAUAACGGUUUUAAGCGUGUCCGUUUCUUGGAGUCUCAAUCGUGUGUCUUUGUGAGUGUUUUGUCUUUGUCUCGUGUUUGAGUCGGACACUGCUGACGCUUGCGGGUUGGUGAGGAGGGGUCGGGAGGGGUUGAACAGCGGCUUGGUGGCUGGUUGGUCCUUGAGUGCACUUGGAAGGGAGGAUUCCCAGUCUUCUUUCCUUGUCCUCAUUUUCUUGUUUUCUUCAGGGACACGCCAUUCCUCCUCAUUUGCCUGUUCCUCCUCUCCUUGGCAAGGAAUUUCAAUAAGACGCAGCCCGACUCUUCCUCUAUCUUUAACCCUGUCGUUUUCGGACUCUGUGGGUUCAAGGCCUUGUUUCCAGGUCUUCUCCAAACCCUGGUAAACUCCCCCCUUUUUAACAAAUAACCCCUCUUUCCCCAUCCUCUUCCUUGUUCUUUCUCUAUCUAAUCAACUCCUUCUUAACACACACAAAAAACUGAAUGUUUACAUCACUUGAUUCUCCUUUAUCUUUAUUAGGAACGCACACUAAGUACAAAGGCGCCUUAUUCAGUGUUUUAAAAAAAAUAAGUGAAGUGGCCCUUGGAGGAUGGACCUUCUCCAGGCUCACUGAUGUCCAAAACUAAAAAAACAAUUUAGUUCUAUACAUACUGAUUAAGGAACAAGGUGUCAGGCAAAAAGAAAAAAAAGAAAAAAAAAUUGAAAUCGCAACAAAACUAAUCGCGAACAACUGAAUGAGUAUUUGUGCUUAGUAUGUAUACUACUAAAAAAGUGAGAGAAUGUGCUGGUUUACAUAUUAAAAAAGAAAAUAUAUGAAUAUAUAAUGUGUAUAUAGCACUAUGCCUCGUUGUAAACAUAAAAUGUAUUGUGUGUAUUUUUUAAGGGUGGCGGGUCACAGUUGAUUGCUAAUCAGACAGGAGAUGGUCAGGUCGGUUUUGUUCCAGUGAGUUUUUGUUUGUUCAGUGCAGGGAGGAAAUGAAGGGAAACAAUUUACGUUGAAAUUACUUCACCCAAAGUCCAACACUGCUGUAAAAGAAAGACAAAAAAGAUACAAGUAUCCCUUUAGACUAUCACACUAGGACGUUCUAUUUCUUUGCUGUUUUGAAAUGACUAAAUAUUUUGGAUUAUUUGUUGUUUUUUUUUUUUGUUUUGUUUUCUUAAAAAGCAAUUUGAGAUGCAAUACAUAAUAAUCUUAUCUUUAAGAAAGCCUUUCCGAAAAACUGAGGUAAUAAUGUACAGUGCAUGGUUGGUUGUUGAACUACAACACGGGCGAUCUUUAAGCUGCAGAUUCAAUAGGCUACUGUACUGUGUGUAGACUGCUGUUAAACACGAAAAAAAAAUCCUAAAAACAAAUUACAGGAAGAAUGUGGUCAGUCGAGUUGUAAAGACGUAUACAAAACAAAUUGUACUAAUAUACUCUUGCACAAAUAACGUCCCAAGUACUGAAAUAUCUUCACAAUAUUCUCUUCUCAUUGAAAGGAAGCUGUUCUAUGUUAUAACCUCACUGAUGGUACACAGGUUUGUUCAAAUCUGAGUUGCAUUGGACACUUGUAUUACACUAUCAGCUAAUAAUUAUACAUGUAAGAAUUCUGGUAAAAGAAUGUGGGAGGGAGGAAAAGAAAAAAAAGAAAGUUGUUGCUGGUUUGACCCCAUUAGAUAUUUUCAGACUAGUUGAUACAGAUGAGGUUGAAACUGUAGAAAUCCCAAUUCCACUGCUGCACCUUUCCUACAUGCCAAAAAGGAAGCAUUUGGAUUAAAUUAAUUACAAUGAAAUACAGAAGUUACAGAAGAGGAAAGGAGAAGUUUGCUUUCAAACCCAUGUGGAAGGUUUUACAAUUUUGUUACCUUAGUAUGCUUUCAGUUAGCAAAUUGUUAGUUUGCUAACCUUUUUACAUGACAACCAUUUUAUGCGGCAAAACUAGUUCCUGUUUGGCCUGUUGCUUUAUCCUUUCUGUGGAGGAGAAACCUCCACCAUUUCUACGCGUAGUCCAAAAUUUGAACUUCCACUUAUUUGAGGAAAUCUUGAGACGUCGGCAUGUGGUGGGGUUUCUACAGUGGCUGCUGCUGUGCCUGUGAGGGUGCCUCCAUUGUUACAGAGGUGAAUGACAUCGAAACGACCCCAUUUUUCAUCAUGGCAAGCCUUAAAAAUCAAUCGGGGGGAAAACAAAGCUACCACUAGCUUUUAGUAUUUCCGUUUCAACUCCUUUCCAAUCCAACGUGGUUUAUUAUUAAAUAAUUACUGACGUAAUUAAAACUUUUUUCAAUAGCCAUAUUAUAAAAAGGUAUAUACAUAUAUAUGAAUAUAUAUUUGUGUGUUUGUGUAGAUAUCUAGAUGAUUAUAUACUUUCUUAUAGAAAACUUUGAUGUUGACCAUUCUCCUCUGUGUUUUGAGAACACGUUGACACAUUUCAACAUAAUACUGCUGUCCGCUUGGUCUAGGUCCUAGGUCGAUGGGCAACGAAUCCAAAUAAAAAAGAAAAAUGUUACAAAAAAAAAAAAAAAAAAGAAAAACAUAACAAAAAAACCUUCCAAAGGGAAUUACCCUCAUCAGAAUGCAAUACCUUUCUUUCCACUAUUCAUUUCAGAAAAAUGGAAAAUGGCAA